AUGAUAUUUUCUUCAUUGCGGACCAUGAUGAAAACAUGGAUUAUGAUCAAUUUUAUACUAGCAAUAUUCGUGGGACAUGCAUAUGGUGGUACUAUUCAAAUCUUAUCUGGAGGGAAAAUGGACAAUACUUGCUUCAUCCGAUCAGAAAAGAUUUACAAAAAAUUUCGGCAGCCAACAAGCUUUCCGAUUACUGGUGCAUCUAAUCUAUAUGCAAAAGUGACUGGUUUCACUACAGCGUUUCAUCAUACUGUACCUCUCUUGUAUAAAAUUACUUUUGAUGCAAUAAGUUAUAAUCCAAAUCCUCCUGUGUGGGUAUUCCCUCGGAUUAUGGUCAAUAAUUAUCUUUUCUAUAACGAUAGGUUUAUACCAAAUACUGCAGAUCGUUAUAAAGCAAUUCCUGGAUACACUGCAGUUGAUGCGUUGGAUCAUAUUGGUGUAGGGCACUACCAUUUUGCCACGCCGAUAGCGACUGCAAUACGAAAGUCAGAAUUUAUCUAUUUACAACCAGGCUUACACGUAAUUGAUGUUGCAGCUCGAGCUGUCGGCAAGAUGCCAGUCUAUUUUUACCAUGGUGUAUUAACAAUUGAAUUAAUUGAGUUUAAUCAUGCCGCAAGUAUUGGUAGAAUGGUGCCGAUCAAUGUUACGUCCAUUCAUUGA